AUGACUACAACGCCACAAGUCACCACAGGAUAUGAAAGGGAUAACCAUAAACUCAGAGAGUCAAGGAUCUGUGGAACUUAUCUAUCUCUUGAGGAGAGGGAAACACAGCAGGCGAGGUAUCAAAGGCCAACAUCUUAUAUUCAAAGAACAGCCGCCACAUCUGCAUCCACUAUCCUCUCGUCUCCAUUACAACCAACAUUCCCAAACUCUCCGCCUCGCACCAAUGCGCACAUAGGAUUCGACGGCUUCAACACUGGAAAUACCAGAGCCACCUUCACCUAUGCCCUACCCCUCGAGUUAACAGCGAGGAUGGCAGCGGAGAGUGAGAAGCAGAAACGCGGGGACGCAGGACGGUGA